CAGUACAGUGAUAAAUCAAGCGUAAGGGAUAAGCGUUUAUCGACGUCAGAUCGGUGAUUUCCUAAAUUACUCAGGAAGAACAGAUAACCUGUAUCUGGUUUUGUAGCAGGCAGCCUUUGACAUGUAUGAUACGGGGCGGUGUGCAAACUGUUUUGACACUCUCGUGGUACUCGGCUGAAUUUCUAAGUAGCCUAUUCAUUGGUUCUCUUCGUGUAACAACGCGGCUUUGCAGUUCUUUGCUGUAAUUCAGUGAUCUCUUCAGUUAACGACCGCCAUGAGCGAGAAAACAAUUCGCCAAAAGAAACGAUGGACUACAGCGACAGUGGUCCUGUUGCUUGCAACUUUAUUAGAUAUGUCGUUUUGUAUAGCAGAAGAAGCGUCUUGCCACGGAGCCUUUGAUCUAUAUUUUGUGUUAGACAAGUCUGGAAGUGUUGCAGGCAACUGGGGGGAGAUUUAUGGCUUCGUUGAGCAGCUCACAAAUCGAUUUGUGAGCCCAAGGAUGAGAGUUUCUUUCAUAGUUUUUGCACUUCGUGCAGAAGUGAUGCUGCCUCUAACUGGAGACAGUUAUGAAAUAGAGCAAGGCCUGAAACGACUGCGUGAGGUCAAACCCUCAAGUGAAACGUACAUGCAUGAAGGAUUUAAGAAGGCAACAGAGCAACUUAAAGAGCAAUCCUCAAGGUCAUCAAGUAUUAUCAUAGCCUUGACAGAUGGACGCCUGGAAGGAUAUCUCUAUCUGUACGCAGUAGAAGAGGCAGACGUUGCAAGACAACUGGGCGCACGAGUGUACUGUGUUGGUGUGAAGGACUUUGAUGAGAAUCAGCUUGCAGCGAUUGCUGACAGUAAAGAUCAAGUAUUCCCCGUUUUAGGUGGAUUUCAAGCUCUCAAAAGCAUUGUAAAUUCGAUAUUAAAGAAGUCUUGUACAGAAAUCUUAAAAGUGGAGCCCUCCAGCAUCUGCGUUAAUGAAACCUUUGAACUUGUGCUGAAAGGAAAUGGAUUCACACUGGGCAAAGGCACGGAGGGAGUGGUCUGCAGCUUCAUCAUCAAUGAACAGACCUAUCAUGAGAAGCCACGUGUUGUACAGGACAAUUACCUGCUGUGUCCAGCACCUGUGCUGCAUGAAGUGGGGCAGUCGGUCGAUGUGCUGAUCAGCUUGAACAAUGGCCAGACCUUCAUCACAAGUCCUGUUACCAUUUCUGCCACAGAAUGCUCAGAUGGUACGUUGGUGAUUAUUAUGGUCCUGGUACUCCUCCUGCUCCUGGCUCUGGCCCUCAUGUGGUGGUUUUGGCCUCUCUGCUGCACCGUGGUUAUCAAAGACCCGCCUCCCCCACCCCCGCCUGCUCCAAAACCCGAACCUGAGGAGGAUCCUCUACCGAAGAAGAAGUGGCCGACUGUGGAUGCAUCUUACUACGGGGGGAGGGGAGCAGGAGGAAUCAAACGCAUGGAGGUUCGCUGGGGCGAUAAAGGCUCUACAGAAGAAGGAGCGAGACUGGAGAUGGCCAAAAACGCUGUGGUCUCCAUGCCAGAGGAAGUGGAGGAGCCCAUGAUCAGAAGGCCUGCACCAAAACCCACACCUACCUCCCAACACCACGAGUCCAAAUGGUACACACCCAUUAAGGGUCGCCUUGAUGCACUUUGGGCUUUGCUACGACGGCAGUAUGACCGUGUUUCUGUUAUGAGACCAACAGGAGAAGACAAGGGGCGAUGUAUUAACUUCAGCCGGGUCCAGAACCAUUAGGACAUUUUGCCCUUUGAAAUACGAAGGUGCUGUAACUUCCUACUGAUGACAACUGAAGAAUUGCAAGUUCUGGAAGAACUGACAGUUUUAAUUAACAAGCACUUGUGGAACCUCUUUACAACAGGAGUUUAGGUUUUUUUUUGCUGUAGUACCGCUCUAAGGCCUUUUUCAUCAGCCUUGAUGAUUAGUGAACUGAACAAACUAUAGUUGUAGCAGAAGAGAAAUCAAUGUAUUUGCUGUAUAUGUCCAAGCCUCACCAGAAUAGCUUUGUUCACCUCCUACAACCAUGGACAUUUUAAGUGAUUGGUGCUUUUUUUGUUGUUUUUGUUGUUUGUUUGUUCAUUUUUCUCUCAUCAUUGUUUUUGUGCUUUAUGUUUACUGACUUACUCUAUUUAUAUCCCUGUCAAUGUAAGGUUAUUGUACAACACACACACACACAUCUCAAUACCUACUGUACAUGAAAAUACAUAAUGUCCAAGGCUUCCUUUAACUGAAAGUCCAGUUACUCUCUGAAUUGAUUAGCUAUGAUUAAAAGAAACAAUAAGUAGAAACCUGUAAUUCUCCACAUUUUGGCUGGAUUCCAGUCAAUAACACAUAGAGAUGUCCUAUAAUUACAAGUGUCUGCAGAGGUAGAUGUGAUUCCAGUGAAGCCAUCACACUGUAUCUGUGUGGCAGGAUGACAUUUCUAGAAGUGGCUAGCCUGUUGCACACUAAAUUGUAAAUUGGAAUCUAUUCAGGGCCCCAGUUUUCACAGUACGUUCCCAGAAAUGUAGUUCCAAGUAUUCCUAUGUAAGGAUGUUCUUCACAAAUGUACUUCUCAGAUGUACAGGACAUCCUAAUAGUAUGUCAUUUAUUGCAUGUAUACACUGCAUCAUUUCCUUGUUAGGCAAGACCCCUCAGCCUGGCAGAAUGCAUGUGAUGUAGUAUGUUUCUUAGCCUGUUCUUGCCUGCUGGCUGUAGCAAACAAAUGUGUCUUUUCUUUUACUAAGCACUGGAAUGGUGUUGUCCAGAGCAGCUCUCUUUUUACAGUGAAUUAUAUGUGGAUAAAUCAUACAAGGAGUCACAAUAAAAAAUGUUUCACCGACAGCUUAUACAUUCUAAGGGAUACAUAAAAUAUGUAUUUAUACCAUGACAUGAAUGUUAACUGGUACAUUUUGCUGCAUUAAUGGUAUGUACACCCUAGAAUGCGUAUAUGGUUUGCUGUUAAGACCUUGUACCAUUUAAUACUAUGUUGGUCAUUGUGUGUUGAUGUUCAACUUGUGAACUUAAAUGUGUUUCGUUUUUUAAUUUUGGUAUUGUUUGUUGUAUGAAAUGGUUAUGUAUGUACAGUAUAUAUAACACACCAUAUAUUAUCUUUAUGUCACUCAAUCAUGAUAAGUCAUACAGUAGAUAAGCAGAUUUAAAAGACUACACAACUGACCACUUUGCACAGCUUAGAACACAUACAGUAAUAUUUUAAAGCUGCCUUUUCAUAUGCUUUUUAAUCUGUGUUUCAGCAAUGCGGUUUAUCUCUUUACUACUUGUCAGUAUCCUCUUCAGUCUUUUUAAUGGGCAUAAAUCUUUCAUAAAUACAAUCUACGUGAAAUAAAACCCACUGCUUAACACUGUGGAUAAACCAUGA